CUGGGAAGUCACUGCUAUGGUAAUGAAUCUCCUAUGAACUCCUGAGUAGAAAAUGAUUCACAACAGAUGCCUGCUCCUAGGGGCCCUCAUCCUGACUACAAUGCUGAGUUCCCAGGGAGUCAGUGCCAUUAUAGGCGACCAUGUGGGCACCUUUGGCACAACUAUCUACCAGUCUUAUGGGCCCUCAGGCCAGUACACAAAUGAUUUUGAUGGGGAUGAGUUGUUCUAUGUGGAUCUCAAGAAGAAGGAGACUGUGUGGCAGCUACCUGAAUUUGGCAAUUUUGCCAGGUUUGACCCCCGGGGAGGAUUGAGAAACUUUGCUAUGAUGAAGAAUAUCUUGGACUUACUGAUGAGAAGCUCCAAUUAUACUCCUGCCACAAAUGAAGUUCCUGGGGUGAUGGUGUUCUCAAGAACUCCCAUGGAGUUGGGCCAGCCAAACACACUCAUCUGUCUUGUGGACAAUAUCUUCCCACCUGUAAUCAACAUCACAUGGCUACAGAAUGGGCAGACAGUCACCAUAGGUGUGAUGGAGACCAACUUCUACCCACAGACAGACCACUCUUUUCAGAAACUGAGCUACCUCACCUACAUCCCUUCCACUGAGGAUGUCUAUGAGUGCAAGGUGGAACACUGGGGCCUAGAGAAAUCACUUCUUAAACACUGGGAGCCCCUGAUACCAACCCCACUGCCAGAGUCAACAGAGACUCUUAUCUGUGCCACAGGUCUGACUGUGGGUCUUUUGGGCAUCAUUGUCGGCACCAUUCUUAUCACCAGGAGUAUACUUGGAACAGUGUCUCCCACCCUUGGCCUCAAGAACCCCUGUGAGUCAUCACUAGGCAUUAGGGAAAGUUUCAGAGAAUGUUAG